AAGCAGCAGCCAGUUGGUAAUGGAGACAUCUCAAUAACUUUACACGUGAUUAAAUUCAUAACUUUUCAUUAAUAAUGUUUGAUUUUUUUUGUUUUUUGUUUUGUUUUGUUUUGUUGUGUGUUGGUGUAAAGCCAUAUUAUACAUCUAAAUUUUUUUUUUUUUUUUUUGAGGGAGAUAUACUAGUAAUACAUAUACAUCUAUAUAUUAUCCGCGCUCUUAUUUAUUUAUACAUACACCAAAAGGUCGACCAACUCUCAUCCAAAUGCAAAGAAAACAAACAAACAUGGCAACUAAUGAAUUAGCAUCAUGUAACCAUGUAAAUUUGCUUCCUGAUAAAAACAAAGCCACCUUUCGCAACUUCUUUAAAAACUUAUGUUUUAAUCGACAUAUUAGUGAGACUGAACUUUUGGAUCACAACUGUUACGAAGAUGAAGAGAUCAAAAUCCUACAUAGAGGAAUGAUUUAUUUGUCCAUGUUUAUUCAAAUCUCUCUCAAGCAUAUGUCCAAGCCUAUGAAGAUUUGUCGAUCAUUUAUUGAGGGUUUUCUUAAUCGUGGUGUAACUCAAAGGGAGAGUGACAAGUAUUACAGUUUUCUGGGUCAUUCAGACUAUAGACUAGACCUCAGCAAAGAUAUAAAGCAUGGAGAUGCAAGAUAUUAUCCUGCACUUACUGUUAUGGCAUCUAAGUUAUCUUAUGAGAAUAAAGCUGUUAUAAGAACAGCAGUAACUGACCAUUGGAAGAUGGAAUUUGUGGACUUCUACAACUUUUAUAAUGAGUAUCAGCGUAAAUUAACAACACAAGCAUUUAUCUUUCGCGAGAGAAAUGCAGAUGGUGACAGAAUCAUCGUAGCAUUUAGGGGUACCUCACCAUUUGUGGCGGAUGAUUGGAGCACCGAUUUCGAUUUUUCAUGGCUAAAAAUUGGUGGAAUGGGAAAAACUCAUAUGGGUUUUAUGAUAGCUUUAGGUCUACAAAAGUUUUCUCGUGAAGAUGAUGAUUAUUAUGGAGAUUUUAGUGGUUCUUGGCCUAAAGAAGUUGACCAACAUCCUCAACAACCUCUAGCAUAUUAUACCAUUAGAGAAAAGUUGAAAGAAUUGUUGGGUGAUGAUAAAAAUGCAAAAAUUAUAGUCACUGGCCAUAGUUUAGGGGGUGCACUUGCAAUUCUAUUUCCAGCAGUUUUGGCUUUUCAUGGAGAAGUGGAGUUAUUAAAUAGAUUGGAGGGUAUAUAUACUUAUGGCCAACCUAGGGUUGGAGAUAGAGAAUUUGGUGAAUUUAUGAAAAAGAAUUUGAGGGAGCAUAAAAUUAAAUAUUAUAGAAUUGUUUAUAAUUAUGAUUUGGUGACUAAGGUACCCCUUGAUGAUGCCUUGAUGACAUUUAAGCACUUUGGGAAAUGCAUCGUCUUUAACAGCCUCUAUCACGGAAAGGUUGUUAAGGAAGAAGAGGAAAGAAGUGGCAACAUAAUAUUGAGGAUAUUGAUACUAAUAAUUGUGACAUUAUUCAACUUCAUUGUUGCAAGGCUAACUGCCGUGUGGGAGCUAAUAAGGGGGUUCUUCAUCGGGUUAGUAAAAGGCCCAGAAUAUAAAGAGGGGUGGAUGCUUACAUUUUUAAGAGUAACUGGGAUCUUUUUACCAAGUAUCGUUAAUCAUUUUCCUCAAGAUUAUGUUAAUUCUACAAGAUUGGCUUCCGAGGAUUUGUUCAAAGUCUGUCCUGCAUUGCUUUAGGAGCGAGACUUUUAAGUUACACGAUCAUUAUAAUUUGUUCUGGCUUAGCUGUCAAAUAAAAGUAUUUCGUAUGCUUUAAGUUGUGAUUAGUAAUUUGUGAUAAUAGUAUGUUGUUGAGUACUUGAUGUAAGUUCUAUUGACUAUCAAUCUAAGAAUAAUAGCAAACAAUAAUAGAAUAUCAAAUAAUAAAGCAGGAAAGAACACACCAGAAAUUUUACGUGGAAACCCAAGAACUGGGAGAAAAACCACGAAUCUGCACUAGGAAUCGAUGAAUAUUCAAGAAAGAUUACAAAAACACUCAAGAACUCUCUCUAC